AUGACAGCAGAGGACCUGAAGCCGGCGAAGCAGGAGCAGCGGAUUCACCCGGAGGUAACAGAAAGGCUGCGGAAGAGGGGCCCCCUGGAGGGGCCCCCCACCCCCGAAGAGGAGCAGCAACUUGCUUCUGUAGAUGGCACUGUCGAAAUGAAAAGGUCCGCCAGAGACCCCAGGCUAGCCUUGCUGCACCUGCCUAGAAAAGCUCAUGUAGCAGCAACUGCUGCUGCUGCAGGCAGCUUCCGCCCGGACCCGCUGCUGCAGCGGAGCCAAGUGACCCCGCAGUUCGUGCGGGGCAUUAACAGCCAACACGCGCGCUGGGACGACUCGGUGUACCACCGCACGCCCAAGACCCGCACCUCUGAGGAGCGAAGGCCCCAAGGUGAGAACAAGCAGCAGCAGCAGCAGCAGCAGCAGCGGCAGCGGCAGCGGUAG